GCUUGUAUUCAAAGAUAGCAAAAGCUCAUUCAUCAUUGUAUUUGUUCAUUUCUCUAUUCUUUAGUGAUUUUAUUUGUAAGAUAUUUUAAAAAAUAUUACUCUUUUCUCGUUUUGAAAGAAAGAUUUUGAAAAAACAUGGCUAAACCGAAAAAAGAUGAUUCAUCUGAAGAAGCAAAAAAGAUAGUAGAUGAUGCAAAGAACUUUAUUGAAAAAGCUAUUGCAGAUAUUGGUUCAACAUCAGCAACAAAGCAGCUAAUUUUAGGAACUGCGUCAGGAUGGAUUACAGGCUUUAUUACCAUGAAAAUUGGUAAACUUGCUGCUGUUGGUAUUGGUGGGGGUGUAAUAUUGCUACAUGUUGCAAGUCAGAAAGGUUACAUAGAUGUGAAUUGGGAUAAAAUCAACAAGAGGGUUGACAAAAUUACUGAUAAAAUUGAAAAAGAAGCAACAGGAAAAUCACCUGACUGGUUUGACAAAGUUGAGAGAUUUGUUGAUCGUAAACUUGAUAAAGCAGAAGGAUUGUUAAAGAAAAAAGAACACAAAGUUAAACAUUGGUACAACAACUUCAUAGGAGAUGACCAAUAUCACGCAACUGAAACUCAUGUGUUUUUAGCAUCUUUUGUUGCAGGAAUGGCUAUUGGCCUCCUCUGUGGUAAAUAAUUGCCUAGAAUAUUAUUGCUCCUAUAAUUAAUAUAUUAUUUAAAAAAUAUUCUCUAGUUUUAGGUAAAAAUCUCAUAUUGUUGUUAAUCUUAGAUUAGUUUUUUAGUAUUUUAUUUAAUAUAAAAUUACAUUAUACCAGUAGAAUAGAUAUUCAAAACACAAUAAAAACAAGUUUCAUAACAUUUAUUUCAAUUUUUUUUUUUAAUUAUUGACUUUAAUCAAUAAAUAAAGUAUUAUAACUAAUA